CCACGGCUCCAUGGUGGUCAGGUGACCCGCAGCAGCAAAGCAGAUCUCUGUCUUCUUCCUCGAUGUCGGAGGGGACUGUUUUCUGGAGGAAAUGGGCUCUGGCAAUGCUUGAGUUUGAUCACCCAGAGAUCCGACCAGCUGAGUCUGUGAAUGGCGCCAAAACAGGACCCUAAACCGAAAUUUCAAGAAGGUGAAAGAGUCCUGUGCUUUCAUGGGCCACUGCUCUACGAAGCAAAGUGUGUCAAAAUCAACAUAAAGGACAAGCAGAUUAAAUACUUCAUUCACUACAGCGGCUGGAACAAAAACUGGGAUGAAUGGGUUCCUGAAAGCAGAGUUCUCAAAUAUGUGGACAGCAACCUUGCAAAACAAAGAGAGCUUCAAAAGGCCAAUCAGGAUCAUUAUGUUGAAGCAAAGAUGAGGGGUUUAGCACCAAGCAAAAAGAUUGCUGCCAUGCAGCAAAAAAAUGUUGAUCUGAAGGUUAAGAAGGCAAAGCAGAAAAUUCCCGGGUCGGGUGAAGGAACCAGCAGUGGAGAAACAACCCAGGCGCCACGGAAGAAACGAGCUCGGGUCGAUCCCACUGUGGAGUGUGAGGAAAUGUUUGUGAACCGUGUGGAGGUGAAAGUGAAGAUUCCUGAGGAGCUGAAACCUUGGCUGGUGGAUGACUGGGACCUGAUCACACGACAGAAGCAGUUGUUUCAUUUGCCUGCCAAGAAGAAUGUGGAGGUGAUCUUGGAGGAAUAUGCAAGUUACAAAAAAUCAAAAGGAACCUCUGACAACAAGGAGUAUGCCGUUAACGAGGUGGUGGCAGGAAUUAAGGAGUACUUCAACGUCAUGCUGGGCACGCAGCUGCUUUACAAGUUUGAGAGGCCGCAGUACGCCGACAUCCUGUCCGAACACACCGACGUGCCGAUGUCUCAGGUGUACGGAGCCCCACACCUGCUGCGUCUGUUUGUUCGUAUUGGAGCCAUGCUGGCGUACACUUUGCUGGAUGAGAAGAGUCUGGCCCUGCUGCUCAGUUACCUCCAAGAUUUCCUCAAGUACCUGGUGAAGAACUCGGCCAGCCUUUUCAGUGCCAGCGACUACGAGGUCGCCCCCCCUGAGUACCACCGCAAAGCUGUGUGAGAGCUCUCAGCAGCACGGCGCUUUGACUGAGACUCCUCGCCACCUUGUCAGGCUGCGAGUAAAAAUGAUCUUUAGUUCAGUUCGGAGUUUCAUCCAUUAAGUCUUUGGAACUUGUAACAGUUUGCAGGAAAGACCAACGAACUAUAAAAGAAACCGUUACACUAUCAUUUCCACUUUGUCCUAUAUGGUGUUUUUGUGCAUUCCAGCUGAGGAGCUUGUUACUAUUGCAUGCUUUGAAUUAUUUCUGUCUUUGGUCACAUUAGGUGCAGCAAAGUUAGCAGCCAGCCGUUAAAAUGUUUGUAUGUCGUGCAUUUGUAUCAAUUUGUAAGUAAAAAAAAAAGAAAA